CUUAAUCCUCCUGAUAGCGUUUCGGCUUGGAUAUGCUGACCCCUCUCGGAUAGGUUGUCAGGCUGUCGGAUGUGGACUGAACUGUAGCCAGAGCGGAGUUAAAGCAUUGCUUUGCACGUCUGCUGAGGCCUAGGUGUGUGUCUAGGCCUCAGUCGUGGUGGGAUCCCGUAAUUCGCCAAGAUGACGAACACAAAGGGAAAGAGGCGAGGUACCCGGUACAUGUUCUCCAGGCCUUUCAGAAAACAUGGAGUUGUUCCUUUGGCCACAUACAUGCGCAUUUACAAGAAAGGUGACAUUGUGGACAUCAAGGGAAUGGGUACUGUUCAAAAAGGAAUGCCCCAUAAAUGUUACCAUGGAAAAACUGGAAGAGUCUACAACGUUACCCAGCAUGCUGUUGGCAUUGUUGUAAACAAACAAGUGAAGGGCAAGAUUCUUGCCAAGAGAAUAAAUGUGCGUAUUGAACACAUUAAGCACUCUAAGAGCCGAGAUAGCUUCUUGAAACGUGUGAAGGAAAAUGAUCAGAAAAAGAAGGAAGCCAAAGAGAAGGGUACCUGGGUUCAACUAAAGCGUCAGCCUGCUCCACCCAGAGAAGCCCACUUUGUCAGAACCAAUGGAAAGGAGCCUGAACUGCUGGAACCCAUUCCUUAUGAAUUCAUGGCAUAAUAAAUGUAAAAUAAAUAAAUAAAUAAGAGCUAA